CCCCCCGACGCCGAGUCCGGCCCUGGCGACGAGUUCUUAUUGGACCAACUGGUGAACGUUCUAGUCGCGACUUCAGAACCAGACCGUGUUCUUUCGCGGUGCCGUGUAUAGUUCGGUCGUGCUCUAACCAUCCGACCACAAAGAAUGUGACAUUUUGACAAAAAAAUCCGCGUCGUGCUUAAGACUCGCCCCCUCUUUUCCCCCUGACGGACGUUGCCAGUGAUGCAGUGACGUUUCCGCUCCGGUUUCGUCCCCGUCGACUCCAGUCCGACUCGAGCGGGAGCCAUCGAGAAGGCUGCAGUUGCAGGCAGAAACGCCCAUGCUCUGACCCCGUAGCCACCCCCCGGCCCCCGUUGAUGAUCUUCUGGCAUGUUGAACUCCCAAUCCUACCUUAAUGUUCGACCACCAGGCCGGAAAAAGUGAGCUCUGAACACGAUGUACUCCAAUCGCAAGUCCUUCGCCAUCAAGUGCACCAUCGGCGCCCUCGCGCUGUACCUGUGCGUCCACGUGGUCACCAACAACCGAGCGUCGGAGGCCAUCCGCGAGCUGCAGCAGUCGGGCCGCAACCUCGCCGCCCUCGACCCCCAGAACGCCGAGCCCUUGCUCGUGGAGCCCAUCAAGGAGGCGCCCGCCGCCGAGCCCACCAAACCGCCGCCGCCCACCACCGAGAAGGCGCACAGCGUGCUCGACAAGGUCAAGUCCGUCACCAAGUGCUUGGACCGGCCCAUGACGGCCAAAGUGCAGCAGAGGGGCGACUACUGGGUGUUGUACAACUACGUGAAGGCCGAGAGGGUGUUCAAGUGCCACGAGAGCAUCACGUACACCACGCACGCGGACUAUUCCUUCAUGGAUAACCUGCUGCCGCUGCUGGAACGCUGGCGCGGGCCCAUCAGUAUAGCGCUCCACGCGCCGGGAACCGACUUCAAGAACACGUUGGACUCGAUCGCGUACCUGCGGGACUGCACCGACAGCCUGGUCAAGGAAUACGUUACGAUCCACAUCUACUUCAGCACCAAGCAUGUUCCUAAGGAGGUGCCGCGCCACGACCACGUCUUCUCCGAGCCCUACAACUGCUCCCUCUCCCCGCCCUUCCUCAACGUCUCCUCCGAACAGAUGUACAAGAGCCAGAAGAAGCUGCUCUACCCGGUGAACGUGGGCCGCAACGUGGCCCGCGAGACGGCCCAGACGCACUACAUCCUGCCGUCGGACAUCGAGCUCUACCCUAGUCCGAACAUAAUCCCGCAGUUCCUGAAGAUGAUCGCCGACAACAGCGGUCCACUCCUCAGCAAGAACCCCAAGGUGUUCCCGCUGCACCUGUUCGAAGUGAGUGCCAACCAGCAGGUCCCGGACAGCAAGACCAAGCUCAAGGAGAUGCUCGCCAACGGCACGGCGGUGCCGUUCCACAAGAAGCUGUGCCCGGGCUGCCACAGCGUGCCGAAAGCCAAGGAGUGGCAGAACGCCAACGAGACGGCCGAGCUGCGGGUGUUCCACGUGGGGAAGCGCAACGGCAAGUUCAUCCACUGGGAGCCGAUCUUCAUCGGGACGCACGCCGACCCGCUGUACGACGAGCGGCUGAGCUGGGAGGGGAAGAGCGACAAGAUGACGCAGGGGUACGCGCUGUGCGUGAUGGACUACGACUUUCUGAUACUCAACAACGCUUUCCUGGUGCACCGGCCGGGCAUCAAGAUCUACAAGAAGGACCAGAAGAGGGCGAUGCUGGCGGCCAAGACGAAUCAACUCAUUAAAAAGAUCAUUUUCCCCGAACUUAAAGUCUUAUAUGGCAUUAAAAAAGGCUGUGCUGUGUAAUUAUAGUGGUGUUAAAAUGUUAGCCAUAUUUAGUGUGUCGAUGUAAGUACUAAAGUGGAUUUUAAUGGAACAGAGCCCGUUGUCAUUGUUAAUUUAUUGUUGCUUUAAAUCAAUUACAAAUUUUAUCGUCAUAUUUUAUUACAAGUUUUUUAUUUUUGUGUGUUAGUUAAGUACUGCGAUUUAUCUUUUGACUGAUGCAGAAGUCUGACUAUUUAUUUCGACCCCGAGAGAUAGAUGUAAUCCAACCUCGAUCAUUAUUUUCUCUUGUGUACAUAAUUAUUUGCUCACAGGUUUUUUUAAGUAUUGCGAUUAUUAGUUGUAUGUACUUAAGAUGUAAGUAACUUAUUAUGAUGUCAUUAUUUCAACAUUCUUGCUGUAUUAGCGGUUAAUGUGCCUUAUCGAUUUGAUGUGGUGAUGACAAGACAUAUUACUUUUGUACUAUUACAAAUGUGUAUACUGCUGUUGCUGUAUACUGGAACAAUAUAUAAAUUACCGACU